GUUCCCACUGCAACAGAAAUAUCAAAAGCAUCAGCUUAAGCCUAUUUCCCAGGAAAAAAAAACAAGAAAUCUCACCAUGAACUUCAAACAGAUCUUCGUUCUCGUCGCCCUUAUUAUGGCCAUCUGCUUGGGACAGUCCGAGGCUGGUUGGCUGAAGAAGAUUGGCAAGAAAAUUGAACGUGUUGGCCAGCACACUCGGGAUGCCACCAUCCAAGGUCUGGGAAUCGCUCAACAGGCAGCUAAUGUUGCCGCCACAACCAGAGGCUAAAAAUGAUCCUGAAUAUAUUUAUAACUAUUUUUAAGAAAACUUAUUUAUUUUAAUUUGAUAAAUGCAUUGAACCUGGUUAAUAAAAAAACACUUAAAUGAA